UACCAUCUUCAGGCGCACCCCAGACACACACACACACACAGGGAGAGAGAGAUCCGUUAAGCAGAACAAAUUUAUGCUAUGGCGAGCUCAGAUGCAAGUACGUCGUCCGGAAGUGAGUACCAAGUGUUCCUAAGCUUUAGAGGACCCGACACUCGCGUCGGAUUCACCGACUUCCUCUUCCAUAGCUUGAUCGACGCUGGAAUAUGCGUCUUUCGAGACGAUGAAGAGCUCCGUGUCGGUGAAAGGAUCGAUGGAUCGCUUCAGCGAGCGAUCGAAAACUCCAAAAUCUACAUACCAGUCUUCUCUCAAAAAUAUGCUUCGAGCCAAUGGUGCCUCCGUGAGCUCGUGCAAAUCAUGGAAAAUACUUCCAAAUCGGAAGGUAAAAAAGAGAUCCUACCCAUUUUCUUCGAUGUGGAACCUGACGAUGUUAAGCUGAAAACCCCUUUGUAUCGCGAAACCAUACUCAAUUUGGAACGCGAGAAGAAGUUGAGCAAUGAGCAAGUAGAUGCAUGGAGAGAGGCUCUCAUGGAGGUUGAUGCGAUAAAAGGGUGGGAAGUGAAGAAGUACAAAGGAUGAAGAACAACGUCCAAGCACUGAAUCUCGACUUACACAGAAGUGAUCAUAAGACUAUCACAAGUGAAGAGAUGGGAAGGUUUCAACAUCUACGGUACCUCGGAUUGAAUAGGGGAACCUUCAGUGGUAACUUGGC